GUGCGAUUGGUCAGAGGAUGAACAGAAGGAGGAUGCUUCUGCCAAGCCUAUAAAAGAGAGGUGACGCUCAGGUGGGGCAUCCUUCAGGUGACUCUUUACAUUCUUGAUAACUGAGGGGAACACAUCAGAGGAGGACAUCGCCAGCGCCGUAAGACUAAAAUUGUUUUGGCUGAAAUGGAGACACAGAUGGCUUCUGUGACCGAGUUCAGGUUUGCCGCAAGUCGGGGCCCUUGGAGCGGACCGGCGCCCUCGUCUUGGCCGGAGAUGGACCUGGAGCUCAUCGAGGAGUAUCUGCAGGAGCAUUCGCUGGAGGUCCAGCCCGUGCACACGCACACCUUGCCUUUGAGCAAUGUGGUCCAAUAUGUGCACUCCCACCACAGCAACAGGAUCAUAGAGAAUAGCUGGUCAGGCCAACAUGCCUAUGAGUGGCACUGUGGUGCUUCUAAUAAGGAGUUCGCGGUGGAAGCAGCGCCUCCGCUCUGGCCGCAUCACAACCAAUGGGAUUACGUUGCGUGUUCAACCAAGGCAAACGUAUGUAUCGACUCAGAUUCUCAGUCCAGUAGUUCCCAGUACCACGACUACCACGAGGCUCCUUCUCCGAGCUCGGAUAGCGGAGGCAGACCCAAAAAGGACCCCUUAGUUCUGGCUCCAAUCUCGGGAAAGAGGAAGGAGCGCUUGUUCCAGUUCCUGUUUGAAAUGCUGCAAACGCCAUCCAUGCAAAGCUGCAUCUGGUGGGUCCAGACCUCUCUGGGCACAUUCCAGUUCUCCUCCCAAAACAAAGAGCACCUGGCAAAGAUUUGGGGUCAGCGAAAAGGGAAUCGCAAGACAAUGACCUACCAGAAAAUGGCCCGGGCGCUGAGGAAUUACGCCCGCACGGGCGAGAUCCAAAAAGUGAAGCGGAAACUCAUGUAUCAGUUUGAUGAGAAGACGCUGAGAAGCCUCCGGGGGGACACCGACACCGUGUAGGACAAAAAUUCAUUCCACAAGAAGCAAGAUAUGAAUACUGAGUAUUUGGCAGGCAGAGACAAGUCUGGCACAAUGAAACCUCAUGUAAAUCUGAUAGAUUGUCUUCAAAGAUCUGCUUUAUAAGUGGAACCUCUUCAUCUCCUGACAAAUAUUGGGUUUCCUGUCUUGUUACUUCUGUCAUACAGAUGUUUGUCAGAAAAGCAUUUAAUUGUUCCUAUUUUCGUUUUAUCCAUUCAAUGCCUUGAGAAUGAGCUUUUUCAUCAUUGCUGUCAAAAUAUUAAGUAUUUUGGAAAUAGCUUGUCCUUGUUGGUGUCUCGUGAGGAUAAGAGGGUCAGAAAAUGGAUGCAUGGUAGGAUGGAUGGCUGUAUGAUGAAAACCAUUUGGACAAUCUAAUCAAUCUCACCUGGGCCACAUUAAUUCUAAA